AUGCGUCUGUUGUCUGUGAGAAUUUUCAAAACCAAAGUGUUGGAGGUGAUAAAAAAAGGUGAUGCUUUGGCAAAGCAAGCUGCUACCAUCGACUUACAGAAUGUAAGACAGAUGGAGCAUCUCAUCCAUAGGCAUAUCACUCUGGUUGAGCGUGAGCUUGCUUUUGAUUUGACAAAGCUAUCCCAACAAAUGUUGCGACGCGUGAAGAAACUGAAGGAUAAAUAUUUGGACUCUGUUUACGCCAGUGCCCUCAUGAAGAACACGUAUCAGAUGGAUGUUCUCAAACGUAAAAUUUUCAAUCUAAAUGCGUUCCUCAAAUGUGCUCCUAUUCUCGAAAAAGCCGAAUCUUACAAUCACACGUUGUCACUUUUGAAAAAUGACAACAUGACUUUUUCGGUUCGUGACUACGACUCUGUCGAACAAACACACUUAAAACAGGAAUGGAAAUUCAACAAGAUUGUUGUUGACGAAACGAAAGCUCUCAACAGAGAACUUCAGAACCUAUUUAAACGUCGUGAACUUUUAAAAAUAGCAUUUAAAUUGGGCAAACGAGUCAUUGAGGAGUUGGAUAUUGCAAACAACGACGUCAGACUUGUCGAAAAAGGCAUAGAGUCAAUCCGUCGUGAGGUCCAAGAGAGUGUUUUAGAAAGCGAAACUAUUUAUAGUUUAUUACUUGCCCGUGGGAUGGCGCUACGAAGUACGUUUUUGAGUUCUCUAAUACAAUUUGUGCAAUCACAAAAAUCAGCAAUCCUCUCAAAACUGCCAAAACGAGAUUAUGAGAGGUUGAUGGCAGAACUGCACUUCAUAAAAGCCGACCAAAUUGUCGGAAAUUUGAAUCAAAUCCGCAACAAAAAUUUGCGGUUCGUCCAAUUUGGACUCAAAGAGAUUCAAAUCGCACAACUCGAACUCAAGGAAUGCGAAAGGACCAGAGACCCACUGACCGCAAACGUCAUAAACACGAUUGGAGAGUGGAAUCAAACCGUCAAUAAAGGGAUUAUCCGGGUCAGAAAAUCGAAGAGACCAACAUACUCUUUGAAAACAAAGAUGAACAGUGUUCUGUAUGUUUUGAUGUGGACGGCAAAUUCGUCUUGCGUUGUUGCGAGGGAAAAGUUUGGCGGAAACUGGGCGUCAGUCGCAAAACAGGUGUAA